CUGAGUUUGAAUUUCUGUUCCCCAUUCGACCGCUUUGCUUUGCCACUGGCAAGUAGAGCGAACCUGCUUUGUCCCCACAGUGCACGUACCAAUAACAUAUAGAAAUGAGUUCUCAACAUUUUAUUCCACCAGUGAAUUUUGGCAUGAUCGAGGAAGAUCUGUAUCGGUCUGGGCAGCCCAAUGAGCUUAACUUCCCCUUCCUUGAAAAGCUGGGUCUAAAGACCAUUGCCUGGCUUGCUCCCGAAGAGCCUAAUCAACGAUUUUUGGAUUUCAUUGAUGACCAGGAAAUUCAGUUACAUCACUUGGGGGUGGUGUCAUCGGUGAAUGCUUGGGAUCCGAUUACAGAAGAAGCGGUUUUAGAGGCAUUAGAGUUGAUUCUUAAUCCAAGCAACUAUCCCAUGAUGAUCAUGUGCAACUUGGGCCGACAUCGAACUGGUACUAUUGUUGGAUGUCUUCGUAAACUGCAACGAUGGAACUUGACCUCGAUUUUUGAAGAAUACCGACGCUAUGCUGGACCCAAAGUACGGCUUUUGAAUGAACAGUUUAUUGAACUGUUUGAUACCGAUUUAGUACGCGUACCUGGCAAUAAACCAAGGUGGCUAUAAAUGUGAUGGCUUUUUUUUGUGUCUUGCAAACCAGUAGAUCAUGCGACGUGUUAAGC